AUGGAGACGGCAGGGCCACAAGAGAGCGUCAAGUCGACCCGAGUCUGCAUUAGCGACCCUAGAGGGGGCCACAAGGGCUUUGAUGUAUCAGGCACCGAGCGCAUCGGAGAUCUCCUGGAAGCCUACUGCAUACAAAGAUGUAAAGCGUCGGAUGGCUGUCGGUUGGUGCGCCGCGACAAAGUGGUAGACCUUUUUGCCACUCCCGCGGAGUUGAGGCAGUUGGGAUGGGAAGGCCUCAUCUUGCUUUGGUGCGAAGGGCCCAGCUUUCGAAGCCGCGUCAAGCACGUCGAGGUGGCAAUUCACAGUAGAGACAAGCGCGCAACGAUGCUCUUGACGCUACGAGCCACCACGAAAUUAGAGAGGGCUUUGGCAGAGUUCUGUAAGCCUUACCGCAAGGCGUUGAGCCACUGCCGCCUUCUCCGCCGCGGACAGCCCGUCGAUUUGAAGGCUUCACCAGAGGAUGUGAGUAAGGUGCCCAAAAUGUACUUUCAUUUCAUUUUCUGA